AUUGUUUGUACGGAUAAUCUAUGAAAGCUAACAGCAAGUAUUUUAACAACGAUGUUUUUUCUCAAAAGAUCUGUUUAUUUAUCUUCAGCUUCAGUUCCCCAGACUUCGGAGGUUUCUAGUUAUGUCAAACAAUAUGCCAUCUGCAGAAGAAGUACAUAACAAUGUUAUUUUGGCCACUGGGGGAUAUGACCAUACUAUUCAUUUUUGGCAAGCUCAUACUGGUGUGAGACAAUCAUCUGUACAACAUCCAAGUUCUCAAGUAAACAGUAUGGAAAUUGCUCCCAAGAUGAAUCUUUUAGCUGUGGCAGGUUUUCAGCAUAUUCGCAUGUAUGAUAUUUUUUCAAGUAACCCAAACCCCGUAGUAAACUAUGAAGGUGCAGCCAAAAACUUUAUUUCAGUUGGUUUUCCUGAAGACAGCCGAUGGAUGUACACAGGAUCAGAAGAUUGUUCAGCAAAAAUGUGGGAUCUCAAGUCAAGAAUGCUGCAGUGUCAACGUUUUUUUAAUGCAUCAGCUCCUGUAAAUUGUACGUGUCUUCAUCCCAAUCAAGUUGAACUCUUCAUUGGGGAUCAAAGUGGUGCCAUUUAUUUAUGGGAUCUCAGGGUGUCUGAUCAAACAACAGUCAAAAAACCUUUCUUCAAAGUCAGUGAACCUCAUGUUUCUAUACAAAGUAUAGAUAUUGAUGCUGAAGGAACUUAUAUGGCUGCUGUUGAUAAUAAAGGAAAUUGUUACAUAUUUCUUCUUAGUUAUCAGACGGAAAGCUCUCAUUCUCAACCAGUGAGAUUUUUAAAAUUUUCCGCUCACAACACGUAUGGACUUAAAUGUAAAUUUAGCCCUGACUCAACGUUGCUAGCUACAACAUCGGCAGAUUGCUCAGCAAAACUGUGGAGAACGGCAGAUUUAAACAUCCUUCCUAGUAGCGUGCCGAAAGACUCUCAAGAUACAAGUAACAAUUUUGAAUGGAAGAAAACAGCACCCAUGACUGAAUUGAGACAUGCCAAUCAGCGAUGGGUGUGGGACUUAGCUUUCAGUUUAGAUUCUCAGUAUCUUUUUACUGCCUCAUCAGAUAAUUUAGCAAGAUUGUGGUGCAUAUCAAAAGGAGAAGUGAAAAGAGACUACACUGGACAUUCAAAGGCCCUCACUGCCCUGGCGUUUAGAGAUGGAGGGGCAACAGCGUCUUCAUAAUUUAUCUUUAUCUAAUUUUGUUGAUUUAUUAUUUUUGUAUUGAAUUUUAAUUGAUUAAUUAUUAUUAAAUAAACAAUAAAAGAAAUAUGUGCUUGUUUUUG